AUGCGCUUCAUCUCCUUCGCCACCGUCUGUGCCAUUGGCAUGUCCCCGAUUCUCGCAGCUCCUGCCUUGAGUAGCUUCCUUGCCAUGCCGGGAGUUGGUGGUAAUCCUGCUAUCCCUGUAACGCCAGCCGACUCUGUCACCCCUGAUGUGACUAGGUAUUUCAGUACCACUCCCCCCAAGUACUGGACAAGUGGCAACCAAUUGUCGUCUACCUCAACCACGACGGUGAGUGAACCAGGCACUACUACUAGCAAGGAAACAUCCACCUCUGCCGGCGCCAGCGGAACGACGAGCAAGACCACCACCCAUACCAACACUUAUUCUUCAGCCAGCCAGCCAACUGACCCGGGUGCUAGUAACCUCUAUACCGCGACGACUCCAACCAGUACUACUACUGAACACCAAAAGCCAACCAAGUGCCUCACCCAGGACCACCCCAGCCUCGUCUACCCCACAGACCACCAGCACUGA